AUGGUCGCCAGAGUUUUUUGUCAUGAUUAUCCUAAUAAUCCUUACAUAGAUGCCUUAUAUUCUAUCGGAAAUGUUCAUUCAAGGUAUAAGGUAAUAGCACUUGGAUACUAUCCACAAAAUAUUAAAUACACGCAAAAAAGUAGUAGUAGCAUCGUUCAAUAUCAAAUUCCAGAUGGAUACAUCAUAGAAACGGAAGCUGCAAACAAAGCAAUACGUUGUGAAACGAAUUACAUCCCGGUAAAUAAAAGAAUUAGCCGAGAAAAUUCUAGACUUUCUGGGAUACAUGUUUUUGGAUUAGAUAUUGAAAUAUUACAUCAAGCACGAACUGAAGAAUUAACUAUAGCAAAAACUACUAAUAUUGACAAAAGAAAGCGACCCCUUAGUGAAGUAUCAGUAUCAUAA